UGGGGAUUGGCGACACAGUCACAGAGGCAUUGUCACCGUUCACAGGCGACGCUGCACAGAGAGCGUGGAGAGAGGACAACUCUGCCAUGGCACCUCAAUCCAAGCCACCUUCCCCACUGCUUGCCUUGUUGCUAUAUGGUCUGCUGGUGUACCCUGCCGUUCCUUCUGAUCCCUGCUCCUCUGGUAACAGAAACAAGUGUCCGGAGUCCAACCUUUGCGGCUCACGGAAGUGCCCUCCCGGCUCGUCCUGCAAGUAUAAUGGCAGCGACUCCUACUGUUACUGUAAGACAGGGUUUCGAUUAUGCAUGGAAAGGAACUCCUGCACAACAGGACGUCCCUACUGUAAAGAUGUGGACGAAUGCGUGAACUCGAUGAAAUGUGGCCGGAAGGAGAACUGCCUGAACACCAUCGGGGGAUACUGCUGCCUAGCCGCAGGGACACACAUCAACUGCACAGAUUGUGAAAGGGCCUGCUAUAGUAACAAGACAAGCAAUGCUACAAGUUCCACAGCAUCGGAUGAAAUGUGUAUCAGUGCGUGUGAGAUUCAGGAGCUGUACCAAACAGUGACAAUGGUCAACAGCCGGUCUGUCCAGCUCAGCAGUGUGGAUCAGUUGCUGGACAAAGCAGAGAGUAUGAUGAUGUCCUUGGUCGAAGCUCCCGUGAAUCAGCUUGAAGAACGGCAGUCGAUGGAAGCAUUUGAAAUUGGGAUCAAACGUCAGAUUAUUGUUUCAGAGCCUCUGAUAUUGUCGGUGAUGGGCUACACUGUUGAGGUGGAUGCAGCCGUACUGUCGGCAAUGCGACCUGGUCAGACAGCCGCUGCUGCUCUAAUUGUGCACAAGGAGCUGGACACAUUUCUGCACAACAGCAGCAGAGCCGGGCCUGGCCAUCAGGGGGCAACGCUGAGCUCCAGGGUAAUCACCAUGGUGAUUGGCAACAGGAAGAACAGUCCUCUCAGCCACCCUCUCACCUUCACCUUCCUCCACAACAAGACCAACAAGGACAGUUUUUACAUCACAUGUGUCUACUGGAGUCACAGCCGGGCUGGGAGUUGGUGGUCGACAGAGGGCUGUGACCUGGCCAGUUACAACGCCACACACACUGUGUGUAAAGCCAGCCAUCUCUCCAGCUUUGCCAUCCUCAUGGCUCUCAAGGAGCUGCCAGCCGUGUUUGAGGUGGAGAUAAUCACAUACGUGGGUCUGAGCACCUCUCUGCUCUGCCUGCUGCUGGCCAUCGCCACCUUCUACAUCUGCCCCUCCCUGAAGGACACUCGCUGCUGCAUCCACCGCCACCUCUGUCUCUCCCUCUUCAUGGCCGACUUCAUCUUCCUGCUGGGCAUCUCUCAGACUGGCAACCAGGUUCUGUGCGGAGUGAUCGCCGCGACGCUGCACUAUCUGUUCCUGGCGGUCUUCGUGUGGAUGUUUCUAGAAGGCGUGCAGCUCUACCUGCUGGUGGAGGUGGUGUUCGCCACCAAGGUCCCAUUCGAGCGCCACAUGUACUGGAUCGGCUACGGACUGCCCGCCGUCAUCGUCGCCACUUGUGCCGGCAUCUACGUGCGCGGAUAUGGCACCUCCACCGCGUGCUGGCUCUCAACGCAACAUUACUUCACCUGCAGUUUCUUUGUGCCAGCUAUCUUCAUCUGCGUCGUUAACCUGAUCAUCUUGUGCAGAACGCUGAUGAAAUUGUCACACGUUAUUUCGGACCAGCCAAAAUUGAACAAGAACAGAGUGUUUACCCUGACUGCCCUUGGGCAACUGGUGAUUCUGGGCUCCACCUGGAUAUUUGGUGGAUUAUUCAUUGAAAACGCAACCAUCCCGAUGAUGUACAUCUUCAGCAUCCUCAAUAGCUUCCAGGGGAUGUUCAUCUUCAUCACGCACUGUCUCAUGAGGAAGAAGGUGAGAGAGUGCUACCAGCGGGGCUUCACAAAAUGCUUCACGAAGUGCUUCGCUCGGCCGGUUAGAUGGACACCAGUCGCUGCCUCCACCUCCUCCUCCAACCAGGUUAGGAGAAGUGUCCAGGAAACAGAGUCAACUUUGGGAGACCCCCAGUGAGGGGACGGAGGAGACAAUGGAGCGUGGUGGGCCGUCCUGUGCCAGCCAACACCCCUCACCCGCGUAUAUCCUCGCAUGCUCCCGCACCCUCACCGGCCCAUGGGUGCCCAGGGUCACACAGAGUCACUUCUCUUUAGUCGCUGUGUCGCUCCAGUUCCUGACCCCCCCCAAGCAGUGCCGCAGGAGUUUGGCGAGGAGUUCCUCCGAGCACCCCUCUCCCCCACGUAUCUGGGGCGACACGAUGGCGCAGCGGUAGAGUUGCUGCCUCACAGCGCCAGAGACCCGGGUUCAAUCCAGACGGUCUGUACGGAGUUUGUACAUUCCACCCGUGACCUGCACGGGUUUUC